AUGAAUCCAUUCAAUAACAAAACCGGAAGAGUGGUACUCGGUGGUGCGGGUUGGAGUCGACAGAUAGUAACCGAUCCAACUUCCAAACCCGUCCUCGAAACCAUUCUUCACGCUUUAUCACUCGGCAUCCGAGCCUUCGAUACCUCUCCAUACUACGACCCAUCCGAAAUCCUCCUGGGCGCCGCAUUCUCCGAUCCAGCACUUACAACACUCUACCCACGAUCCGGUCUUCUUCUAAUGACAAAAUGCGGCCGUAUAACAUCCAAUAAAUUCGACUACUCACCGCCAGCGAUACGUGCAUCUGUCUUACGCUCCCUCGACAGAUUUUCAACAAAUUAUCUCGACGUGGUGUUUACCCACGAUGUAGAAUUCGUAUCUCGCGAAGAAGCGUUUGGAGCGAUUAAGACGUUAUUUGAGAUGAAGGAGGAAGGGUUGAUUAGACAUGUGGGGAUAUCCGGGUACCCGCCUGCGGUUCUGGCUGAUAUUGCGGUUGAAGUUAAAGAGAAGUUUGGGAGGGCGGUGGAUGUGGUGCAAACUUAUUGUCAUAUGAAUAUCCAAAAUACGAGUUUGAAGGAGAGUUUGGGGAGAUUUUAUGGGGAUGGUGGGGUUGGGGUUGUGCUUAAUGCUAGUCCUUUGUGUAUGGGGCUUUUGAGAAGAGGAGGGGCACCUAUAGGUGAACUUGGGGAUUUUCAUCCGGCGCCUAGGGGGUUAAGGGAGAAAGCUGCGGAGGCGGCGGAGUGGGUUGAGAACCAGGGGAUUGGGAGUAGUAUGGCGUCUUUGUCGCUGAGGUUUGCGGUUGGAGAGUUUGCGAGGGUGGAUGAGAAGGGGUUUGGGGUUACGAUUUUGGGGGGAGGGAGUAUUGGGGAAAUUGAUGAGAAUGUGGAGACAGUGAAGAAGAUUUUGAAGAGGGAAGGAGGGGAUGGGGAUGGGGAUUUGAGAGGGUAUACGAAGUUGGAUGAGGAGAGGUACAAGGCUGACGAAGCUUUGUUUAAGGGGGUAAGGGAUAUACUUGGGGAAUGGGUGGAUUAUACCUGGGACUCGCCUGAUGCUGCAUUUUUAGAAGAGCAGAAGAAAUUGAAGGAGUAG